AGAAGGUUAGGUUGGUUUAAGGGGUAGGCUAGCACUGAUUCGCCUUCUGCGGGCGGGCUGCUGAUUGGACAGCUCUCUAUAACCCGCUGCAGCGCAGUAAGCGCACCACCUCGCAACCGCUCGUUCACUACGACGACGUCCUUUCGCACUGUGCUCUGAAGAAAACUGGCAGGAUUUCAUCAGUGCAGAUAAUCUGACCGAAAAGGUUCGCAUACAGCCUAAAAGUGAGAUCUGGGAAGAAAACAAACACCCCUCAUAUGCAAAGAGCACAUCUCGGCUUUCUGUGACCUACACACAAAGACAUUCUGCAGAACCUGAACCGAGGAGCAUCUCUGUCCACUCCACCCUAUAUAUUUUUUUAAUGAUGUCAGAUCAGACGCAAUGCAGUGAUGACCCACAGCGAUAGCAAUAUGUCAAUCACUGGAAAGUGGAUGCAAAUCUCAGCACAAUCAGAAGAGUGUAGAAGCUUCCAGAAACAUCUAGAACGGAGGUUCUCAGCUAUUUUUACUCAAAAGCCCAAAGGUGCCUAAGCUAGGAUAUUUUGGCUAGUAUUUCUGCUAUAAUUAUGAAAAAGAUUGCUUGUUUUUAAUCUUUUAUAAACCUAAAUUGGGAAAGUAGCAGAAAUAGUAAAAAUAAAUAUGAUUUCCUCAUUUUAUGUAUUUCAAGCAUUUUAAUAAAGUUUGAAUUCAUUAAUAAUAUGAUUAAUAUCAGUUAAAUAAAUAAUCAUAUAUUAAACUGAAUUAUUUUAAGUCAUCCUGCGGCCUCUUUUCUUUUUUUCUCAGAAGUUUUCUGAGGGCCCUAGUGGGUCUCAUGCCCUGUUUGAGAACUACUGUUCUAGAAUGCGAAUAUGAUUAAAGAGAAACAGUCCUUUUUCUGUAACUGCAUGCGAAAGAGGAUAUUACUAUUUAAAUAGAAAUGAUUGGUGGCAUUUGGUCCAUGAGGGAUAUGCUAAGUAAUGUUUUUGUUUAAAGAAUGCUACUACACUAAACUAAACCAGCACUGACAUCAAAAGAUGGAAGGGUUAUGCUCAAUUGAACAAUGUAUUCCAAAUAACUACACGUGAUUGGCCCCGUGGGCUGAAUGCGUGUGAUUGACAGGUGAUCCAGCCACUGACGACAUGCCAUCCAAGGUGUCAUGCUUGUAUUUGCUGACUGUGGUUUGCUGGGCCAGUGCACUGUGGUAUCUCAGUGGCUCUCGGCCCUCAACCGCCUAUGUGGGUCAGAUGAACUUCACUCCUCGCAAACCGCUUCCAAGGCUCUCAAAGAACGACACGUUCAGCAAUAUCCGCACACGUACUCUGAACCCACACGAUUUCAAGUUCCUCAUAAACGAGCCCAACAAAUGCAAAAGCACAACGCCCUUUCUUGUCCUCCUCAUAAGCACCAACCACAAGGAGUUUGACGCCCGCCAGGCGAUCCGCGAGACGUGGGGAGAUGAGAACACGUUCGGCGACAUUAAAAUUUUGACGCUGUUUCUUCUUGGGUACAACACUGAACCGGUCCUCAACCAGAUGGUGGAACAAGAGAGCCAGAUCUUCCAUGACAUCCUAGUCGAGGACUUUGUGGAUUCCUACCACAAUUUGACCCUAAAGACUCUCAUGGGCAUGCGAUGGGUGACCUCAUUCUGCCCAAAUGCACAAUACAUCAUGAAAACAGACAGUGAUAUAUUUGUCAACAUGGACAAUUUAGUGUUUAACCUUCUGAGACCCAACGCCAAACCAAGGCGACGCUUUUUCACUGGUCACGUGAUAAACGGAGGACCCAUACGAGACGUUCGCAGCAAGUGGUUCAUGUCCAGAGAUCUCUACCCUGAUAGCAGGUACCCACCCUUUUGCUCUGGCACUGGAUACGUCUUCUCUGGAGACAUUGCUGAGCUGAUUUAUAAGACCUCCCUCCAUACAAGACUCCUACAUCUGGAGGAUGUGUACGUGGGACUGUGCCUGCGGAAACUUGGCAUCCGCCCUUUUCAGAACGGUGGAUUCAAUCACUGGAAAAUGUCCUACAGUCUCUGCCGCUACCGAAAAGUGUUAACUGUACAUCAGAUCUCACCAGAGGAGAUCCUGAGAAUAUGGAACGACAUGUCCAAUAAGAAACAUCUCAAAUGCUAGCACAUGCGUGAUGGUUGCGGAAUAAUGUGAUAUUGAAAAUCUACUACUGGACUGUUUGUGACCCUCCAGGUCUGGGAUACAGCAAUACAGUUUGUAUACUUGCAACACAGACCACACUCAUGAAGUCGAUGUCAGUCUGUAGAGCAAUAUGCAGAGGGACAAACUGGAUUCACAAGGUAUCUGCAAAUGGUUAUAAGGGUUUAAACUGGUGUUUUUGGCCUUACAUACUUAACAUUAUUCAUAUACCAGGCCGCUGUGAAUUGCUUUAUAUAAAUAAUACCAACUAUCAAAAGAACACCGUAUUAUAUGAGAAAUAGCUGUGCAGUAUUUACUAUCCCAAAUGUCUGCCAUAAACGUAAAUUUAUUCUGUAUAUUGCUCUUAAAAUGAAUGAUAUAUAGAUCACCCAUCACGAUGCAUAUUUAUGUGUAUUUCAAGCCUUUGCAAAGCAGUAGAGCUCCGCUUUAUAACUGUGGGUCGGAAAAAGAAAUGAUUGUGCUUUUUUUAGGUUACAAUUAAAUAAUGAAUGCAAAAAUAGAUGGUAUACAGAUACACAGACACACACUUUAAUUAUGCAUGCAGUACUCACAUUUUUUUAUUUAAAUUGUAUAUUUUAUUAUAUUAUUUUUAUAUAAUAUUUUUGUAAAUAUUUACCCAUUUUUUUCCCUGGAGGUUUUUCUCCAAAAUUUAGUUUGUGACUAUUUUCCAGUCUCUCUUUUACCUUUAAUUCAAUAUUCUUAGUUACAAUGUUUUCAUAGUACAAUUAACAUUUUAUACAAAAAAUUAAAAAAAAGAA